AUGCCCGAAUCCAACCAGUCUGGCGAGGCCAUUUUCCGCUCUGCGGAGAUGUCGCUGGUUCAGCUGUACAUUGCCAGUGAAAUUGGACGAGAAACGGUUAUGUCUCUGGGCGAGCUUGGACUCGUGCAAUUCCGAGACCUCAACAAGAAGGUCAAUGUCUUUCAGCGAAACUUCAUCCAGGAGGUCCGACGACUCGACAAUGUCGACCGACAGCUGCGUCUGUUUGAGCGAGAAUGUGAAAAGGAGGGACUAACCCUCGAGGACGGCGAUCCCCACAGUGCUGCUUCUGCCUCCGACAUUGAUGCCCUGGUGGCUCUGGGCGAUACUCUCGAGAAACGAAUCACCGAACUUCGAGACGCCGAGGAGCGAGUCACUGAAUCUCAGACCGAGUCGCAGGAACUGCGAGCUGUGCUCACCGAAACCGCCAAGUUUUUCGACCAGCGAGCCGGAGGCGGCAGCCGGGACAUUGAGUCGCAAUCUCUGCGAAACGUCCAGUUUGUUGCUGGAGUUAUUCCCCGAGACCGAGUCGAGGUGCUGGAGCGAAUUCUGUGGCGAGUGCUGCGAGGAAACCUGUUCCUCGAGACCGCUGAGUUUGGAGGAGACGACGGAGACAAGUCCGUGUUCAUUGUGUUCUCCCACGGAGCGGAAAUCAUCUCCAAGGUGGAGCGAAUCGCCAAAACUCUGGACGCCCACCUGUACUGGAUUGCCGAUGAUGUUCGAGAACGAGAGAACCAGCUCCAGGAGGUCAACCAGAAGCUGUCCGACAUCGAUAUUGUGUCGCAGCGAACCCGACACACCCUUAACACCGAGCUUCGUCUGAUUGCCCAGAAGCUGCCCAACUGGCGAGUCAUUGUCAUCAAGGAAAAGAGCGUAUACUCUACUCUCAACCUGUUCCAGUACGACACCAACCGAAAAGUGCUCAUCGGCGAAGGCUGGGUGCCCAAGGACGACAUUUCCAAGGUCAAGACCACCCUCAAGUCCAUCACCGACGAGGCUGACGUCGAGAUCCCCUCUGUUCUUAACGUCCUCGAAACCUCUCGAACCCCUCCCACUUACCAUCGAACCAACAAGUUCACUUCGGCCUUUCAGCUCAUUGUCGACGCUUACGGUAUCUCUUCUUACCGAGAAGUCAACCCCGGUCUGCCUACCAUCGUCACCUUCCCCUUUAUGUUCGCUAUCAUGUUUGGUGACAUUGGCCACGGGUUCAUUCUCUUCCUGGCCGCCUUUGCCCUGGUCUACUAUGAAGCCAAGAUUGGCAAGAUGAAGCGAGACGAAAUCUUCGACAUGGCCUACCAGGGACGAUACAUUCUGCUGCUCAUGGGAGCCUUCUCCAUGUACACCGGAUUCAUGUAUAACGAUAUCUUCUCCAAAUCCAUGACCCUGUUCAAGCCCGGAUGGGCCUGGCCCGAGUCGUGGAAGGAGGGACAGACCAUCCAGGCUCACCAGACCGGCGUCUACGCCUUUGGUCUGGACCCCACCUGGCACGGAACCGACAACAACCUGUUGUUCACCAACUCUUACAAGAUGAAGCUGUCCGUCCUCAUGGGCCACGUGCAUAUGACCUAUUCCUUCUUCCUGUCUCUUGUCAACUACAUCUUCUUCGGCUCUGUUGUCGACUUCUGGGGUAACUUUGUGCCAGGUCUGCUCUUCAUGCAGGGUAUCUUUGGUUACCUUGCCCUUACUAUUGUGUACAAGUGGACUGUGGACUGGGUCGCCAUUGGCCAGCAGCCCCCCUCUCUGCUUGAUACCCUCAUUAACAUGUUCCUAGCUCCCGGUAAGGUCCCUGUGCCUCUGUACCCCGGCCAGGCAUAUGUUCAGGUCAUUCUCGUUGUCAUCGCUCUCAUCUGUGUGCCCUGGCUGCUGCUUGUCAAGCCUCUGUGGCUACGACGAGACAUGCAGAAGCAUGAGUACGAGCGGGUAUCUGGCAACGGCGGUCCUCUAGACCUGCUUGAUGCCCCCGAUCAGCUCGAAGAGACUGUCGGAGACACUCCUGGAGACGCCACCGGAGGAGACGACUUUGAUGAUGAGGAGGAGGAGGAACAUGGAUUUGGUGACAUUGUCAUUCAUCAGGUCAUCCACACCAUUGAGUUCUGCCUCAACUGUGUGUCCCAUACAGCCUCAUACCUGCGACUGUGGGCUCUGUCUCUUGCCCAUGCCCAGCUGUCUACUGUUCUGUGGGACAUGACCCUGCAGGCCGCCUUUGGCUUCUCCGGAGUCGUGGGUGUCAUAAUGACCGUUAUUCUCUUUGGAAUGUGGUUUGUGCUCACCGUGGUUAUUCUGGUCUGUAUGGAGGGUACUUCGGCCAUGCUGCAUUCUCUUCGUCUGCAUUGGGUUGAGUCCAUGUCCAAGUUCUUCGAGGGUGAGGGCACUCCCUACGAGCCCUUCUCCUUCAAGGACGAAUUGGCUACUAACUGA